CUUUUUUUCCGGGCUAAUUUUGAAUAGAGAAUUGUUGGCGGCGCACGCUCAUCAUUCCCCUUCCAGAUCGUUCCUCCUGUGUUCUGUUUCCAAGGCGCGUCUCGUCCGAGGCUCACAACUAAAUUUAGGUUAGAACUUUAGCGAUGCUCCCCUCGGCUGGAGCAAAUUUUGCAGGACCUGUAAAGAUAUAAGAACAUCCAGUCAGAUAGACCGUUUUCCCCAAACAGCCAUGUUUGACUUCAAACUCCUCGGUCUCUUGGCGCUGUAUGGCUUCCAGCCUUUCGUUGCGGCUCAACCUGUCGAUUCAGCAGCACCGGUCAUCGACCUGGGCUAUGCAAAAUACCAGGGUAUAUUCAAUGAGACCACGAACGUAACAAGCUUUUUAGGCAUGCGGUACGCUGCACCUCCAGUUGGCGAACUGCGUUGGCAAGCUCCUAGGCCACCUUUAGACGAGAGCAGCAAGGGUGUUCAAAAAGCUGACGCCCAGCCUACACAAUGCCCUCAAGCCUUACAAGGUGCUGCCGAUGGCAAUCCAUUCGUUGUAAACAGCACUAGCCACCAAGGCCUUCAGAAACGUCAGGGUGGAGGUGUUGCUCCAACCGACACUCCCAUUAGCGAGGACUGUUUGUUCAUCAAUGUUCAGUAUCCUGGAAACAGCACGUCUCCUAAGAGUUUACCGGUCCUUGUCUACAUUCAUGGUGGGGGAUAUACUCUCGGAGGAGCUAACCUGUAUGAUGGUGAUUUCCUCGUCGAUCAAUCGAACCAAGAAGUCAUUGUCGUAGUUCUGCAAUAUCGGCUGGGCCUUUUCGGCUUCCUCGCAGGCGAAAAGGUUAAAUCGGAUGGUGCUCUCAAUGUGGGAUUGUUGGACCAGAACUUUGCACUUCGAUGGGUCAACCAAUACAUCUCGGAAUUCGGCGGUGACCCUGAUCGUGUUACGCUGUGGGGUAAAUCAGCUGGUGGUGGAUCGGUUUUGCAACAAGUUAUCGCAGAUGGCGGGCAAACCCGACCGCAGUUGUUCCGGGCGGCUCUCGCUAGCUCGCCUUAUCUUCCUGCUCAGUACCACUAUAACGAUGCGAUCCCAGAGGCAGUGUACAAGCAGAUUGUUGAUCAGGUCAACUGUACAUCUGCCCAAGACACUCUAGAUUGUCUCCGAAAAACAGACACCAAAGCCCUGCAAGACGUCAACUCGAACAUAAACUUGGCUGGAUUCUACGGAACGUUCACUUUUGUCCCUGUGAUCGAUGGGAAGUUCAUCCAACAGCGACCCAUUAAAGCCAUGAAGGAAGGGAAAGUCAACGGGAAAAUCCUCUAUGCCAUAACCAAUUCCCACGAAGGGACCAUCUACGUGAACAGCGAUGCCGCCCCGUUGACGCCUGGCGUUUUUGCUUCCCAAUUAUUCCCGACUAUUGGGUCCAAAGAGAUGGCAACGGUUGAUAAGCUGUAUAACGGUCUAGGAUCUAAUUUCGAUCAAAAGAGCCUCAUCCUCGGAGAGGCCACAUUCAUCUGCCCCGCGUAUUACCUAUUGGGCGCUUUCAAGAACCGUGCUUUCAAGGCUGAGUUCGCAGUCGCACCCGCUGCUCAUUUGAAUGAUAUUCCGUACACGUUCCCCAGUGCUUCGAUUCUUACGCCCGUCAACUUCAAUAACACCGACUUCAUCGAUGCCUUCGUUCAAUCUUACCUAGCUUUCACGAUUUCUCUUAACCCAGGUGACAAGAUCAAUGGUGCACCCAGCGUUAUCACCCCUCAAUGGAAUAUGUACAACCCUGGUAACAUCGAGAUGCUCUUCAACAAAACCGAGGACGACUUGCCUGAUAUUCGUGCCGGAAAGACCGACGACGCGUUUGCGACCCGCUGCAGGUUUUGGCAGUCAAUUAGUGCAAUCACUUCGCAAUAAUGAAUUUAUUUCUAUUCACCAGGAUCUUUUAACUUAGUUUAAUAAAUUCGAAUGUUGAAACAUUGUA